ACCUUGUUUAGUCGUAAAUGUAUCUCUGCAGAGCAGGCUGGCUCAUAAGGGAGGAAUGUCGUCUGUAAACCUUCUGUUCAUUAUUGCAGUGAUUGACUUCCUGCUCCUGAUGUCCGCCUGCAAAGGUCAUUUACAGCAGAUGGACUCAUCUCAGUCAGUUACAGCAAUGGUUGGUGAGGACGUUAUCCUGCCGUGUCACCUGGAACCUCCUAAAGAUGCUUCUCAGAUGACAGUGGAGUGGGGCAGGCCUGACCUGAAACCCAGAUUUGUGUUUGUGAGUCUUGAUGGCCAAGAAUAUCCAGCUGACCAGAAUGAGGCCUACAAAGGAAGAUCAUCAAUGUUCCCUGACAAACAGAAAAAUGGAGAUAUUUCACUGAAACUCUCUGAUGUGAGACAUUCUGACAAUGGAAGAUACAGAUGCUACUUACCGAAGGAGAAGAAAGAAUAUUUUGUCAUGCUUGUAGCUGGUUCUGUCUCCUCACCUGAUAUCAGUUUAGCAGGACUUCAUGUAAGCAACAGUGGAGUGAUGUUGGACUGCAGCUCUGCAGGCUGGUAUCCAGAACCUGAAGUAUCCUGGCUGGACGGGGAGGGAAACAUCAUGUCUGCUGGACCUGCAGAUAAAGUUAGAGGUCCUGAUGGUCUCUACAGGGUCAGCAGCAGAGUGACUGUGGAGAAGAGACACAACAACAACGUUACCUGCAGAGUUCAACAGAAGGACAUCAACCAGACCAGAGAGACACACAUUUAUGUCCAAGAUGGUUCCUUCGUUCCUCCGUCUGACUGCAGUGUUUCUAUCAGCUUUAGUGUGAUGUUGGGCCUCACACUUCUUCUUGGAGUUGCUACUUUCAUCUGGAAAUGGCGACAAACUAAAAUCUCAAUAAAGAAACUAAAAGAAAAAGUGAAUGAAGAGCAACAGCUGCUCAUGGCCGAAGAAAAACAGAAUCUGGCUCAGAAAAAAUCAAAACUAGAGGAGGAGAUACAAAAUAUAAAUGAGGAUCAGAGAAGCAUUGAUCAGCAGAUUGAAGCAUUCACAAAGAUGUCAGAGGAACUGAAGGAGCAGAAGAAACAACUCACUCAUCAAAAAGAUGAGGCAAAAGAAAUAAGUGAAGCGAAUGAGAGGAAACUUAAGGCAGUUGAUGCCGAAGUAAGAAACCAGACGGGGGACAUGGAAGAAAAGAAAGCACAAGGAUACUUAAACCUGAAACAAGUCAUAACAGAGAGCAAUGGCAGACUGGUUGAGAGAAAAAAAGGUAAUCAACAUGUGGAACUGAUGACAGAGAAACUGAUGAGUAGAACACGUGAGGAGGUUGACAAGCUGAAGAAGAGAAAACAGGAAAUAGAGAACCAUGUAAUGGAAAUACAAAAACAGCUGAAAGAAGUUGAGACACAGAUAUGAUUUAACUGCUGAGACAGAAACAAAUCAACUUUGAUUGUUUUCUACAUCAUGUGAGAAAAUAAACUUCUCAACAUCUUUCACCUCAGCAGAUUUGCUGCUUUUCCAUAUAUGUGGUCGUUUUCUGAUAAAAAAUUCUAAAAUAAAGAAACUUUUUCAGAUGA